ACGAACCUCCUUCGCUCUCUAUCUCGUUCUCUGGCUUCCACUCACCCUCUUACAUGAAACGAGCUCCCAUCGAGGCUGCGAAGAUAAUAAGCAAUGCACUCAUUUCCGCUUCGAAUCGUUCGAGACCGAGUCGUUCAUGGAGCCCUUUACUCGAACAGACUCUACAUCAACUCGGCUGCCGAGACUCUCUCACACCGUCACUCGUCGCCCGGGUCAUCGAUCCGUUUCUCCUUGACCAUCAUUCACUUGCAACAGGCUUCUUCAACUGGGUUUCUCAGAGGCCCGGAUUCUCACACACUGCCAUUACCUAUCAAUCUCUUCUUAAAUCCCUCUCAAUUUCGCGCCAAUUCAACUCCGUUGAUAAGCUCCUCAAACAGAUCAAAACCCAGAAGAUCAUUGUCGACUCAUCCGUCUAUCGCUCUGUAAUUGCUUCACUAAUCAUUGGUAAGAAAGCUCAGAACGCCUUUUUAGUCUUCAGUGAAGUUAGAGAAUUAAGUCAUGAAAUAGGACCUGAUACAUGUAAUUCGCUACUUGCUGCCCUUGCCUCCGAUGGGUGCAUUGAUUCUGCAAAAGAGGUGUUUGAUGAAAUGGGUUCUAGAGGUAUCCCUUUUAGUACUCUGGGAUUUGGUGUGUUUAUUGGGAGGUUUUGUAGAACCGCAGAAUUGGAUGAGACAUUGGGUUUGUUAGAUGAGAUUAAAAGUGGCAAUUGGGAGAUGAAUGGGUCGAUUGUAGCGCUUUUGAUAGUUGAUGGGCUUUGCAGGGUGUCUAGGAUAUCAGAGGCUUUCAAGGUAUUGGAGGAGCUCCGGAGCAGAGCAUGUAAACCCGAUUUUAUGGCAUAUAGGAUUGUGGCUGAAGCUUUUCGUUCCAUAGGGGAACCAGAGGAAACCGAGGUGGUCUUGAAGAAGAAGAGAAAGCUAGGGGUGGCACCUAGGGCCAAAGAUUAUAGAGAAUUUAUCUUUGCUUUGAUUUCAGAAAGACGGGUACAGGAAGUAAAAGAUUUGGGUGAAGCUAUUGUAAGUGGAAAUUUUCCAAUUGAGGAAGAUGUUCUCAAUGCUUUGAUAGGAUCAGUCUCUUCCAUUGAUCCUGAGUCUGCAAUCAUGUUCUUUAAGUCCAUGCUUGGGCAAGGAAGGUUACCAACUCUUCUUACUUUGAGCAAUUUGAGUAGAAAUCUAAGUAAAAGAGGCAAGAUUGAUGAGCUGUUGGAGGUUUUUCAGGUUCUUUCUUCCAAGGAUUACUUCUCAGAUUUGGAGAGUUACAAUUUGAUGGUUUCAUUUCUUUGCAAGGCAGGGAGAGUGAAAGAAGCUUACGCUGUUCUACAGGAAAUGAGAAGGAAAGGUUUUGGUCCAGAUGUCUGUGCUUUUAAUUCUUUAAUGGAAGCUUGCUGUAGAGAAGAUCUCUUGCGUCCUGCAAAGAGGUUGUGGGAUGAGAUGUUUGCCAGUGGGUGUCCUGGAAACCUGAAGACUUACAACAUUCUUAUUCAGAAGUUUUCGGAAACAGGUGAGGUUGAAGAAGCUGAGCACCUUUUUCACCACAUGUUAGGGAAAGGAGUGUCUCCUGAUGCCACAACAUACAGAUCCCUCCUUGAAGAACUUUGUCGAGAAGCAAAGGUGGAAGCUGCUUAUGAGAUCUUCAACAAGUGUGUUGAGCAGGAUGUUUUGCUUGCACGAACAAUAUUAAGUCGAUUAGUGCUUUCUCUAUGCAAAGAAGGUCACUUUGUGGCAGCCUCUAAGGUAGUCCGUGGUAUGGAUCCUCAUCCAGAAAUUUCUGACUCCCACGUAAUUUUACUGAGGUGUUUAGUGGAUGCUGGAGAGUUCAAGAUCGCAAUAGAACAUGUAAAAUGGGUCAGGGACACUUCACCCUCUAUAUUAAGAACAAUAUCUUCUGAACUUCAAGCAUCUCUUUCUUCUUCUUUAAAUCCAGAGCCGAUCCUACAGCUGCUUUCAAAAAUAAAGGAACCUCUAGUUUCUAAUAAUGAUGCUUGGAUGGAUAUAUCCAAGGGAGCAUUUAAAGGAUACUAAAAAUGAAGUGUGAUUGCUCAUUAUUCAGUGGUUGAGUAUCAACUGUAGAUGCAGAUCCCUUCUAAGAUCAGAAAAAGGCUAAUCACAUUUAUCUUUUUAUUUUUCUGGAUGAACAAUGUAAUUUGUAUUAAUUUGAGGGAAAAGAGUGGAGCAGAAAACCCAAUCUGGAAGGGAUUGAGCACCAGCAGAGAAAAGAUGAGAUAACAGCAGGUGGAGUGAGCCGCCAGAUCCC